UAUCUUUUGUCAUUUUCAAAUGUUAUGCUCUAUCUUACCAACUAGUCAUUAGAAACGCAUAGUAGUGUUGAUGCUGGUAAAAAUUAAAACUACGAAUUUUUGAUAUUACUACAUUAAUACAAGUUUGAUAACUAUAAAAGCUAUGUAAUUUUUUGAAUAAUGAAGUUACAAACGAUUAAACUAGAUCGAUGAUCUUAGAAUUCAUAUGACGUUAUGAAUAAUAUUGAUUAUUCAAUUUCAUCGCAUAGAGGUUAUUUUGUAUACAAAUUUAUUUAACGAUAAAGCAUAUAAAAUUAUAUUAAAAAGAAAUAAGGAUUUCGACUUAUUAAUUUUUCAAUAUGCUCUGGAUACAAAAAGCAAUAAAACUUCGCCAUAUUCACUAUUUUAAAAUAAGAUCUAUGAUUUGUAUAAUUCCAAAUCAUCAAUCUAUUAGAUAUUCUAAAAUUUGUAUAUUACGUACAGAGGUAUCUCUAAAACAAUUAAAAAAUAUAAAUUAUCAAAAAAUAUAUAAUUUUCAUACAACAUCUAAAUUAUAUAUACCACCAAUUUUUGCUGUUAUCUUGCGUCCAAUUUUGAGAUUGAGUGCAUUUAUACUUGGACGUGGUAUUAAACGAUGGUGGCAAAAGAAAUCAACACAAGAACAAGAAUAUUAUAAACUGAUGUUUAGAGAAAACAGAAACAUAUUUUUAGGAUCAUUGGUUAUAUUAUUCUUAAUGUUUAUUAUUUAUUAUGUAAUACACCUUGAAACUGAUCCAAUAACUAAACGAAAGCGAUUUAUAAUAUUUAAUAAAAAAGAACAAGCUGCAUUAGGCCAAUUAGUUCUUGAAAUGCAUUUAGAGGAACAUAAAGGAUUAUUAGUAGCAAAAGAUCAUCCUGCAUAUAAAAGACUUAUCAAAAUUAUAGAAAAUAUAUUGAUUAAAAAUAGAGACUUGAUUUCUAUCGAAAAUAAAAAUUGGACAUUAACUAUUAUUGAUUCUCCUAUAAAAAACGCUUAUGUUUUACCUGAAAGAAAUAUAUUCGUCUUUUUGGGUAUUUUGAGUAUUAUCGAUAAUGAUGAUCAAUUAAGUGUUAUACUUGCUCAUGAAAUGGCACAUGCAUUGCUAUUGCAUUCGGUUGAACAAUUUUCGCAUGCACUAUUAAUAGAUGUUUUAAUGACAAUUCCUAUUUUGUUACUUUGGGCAAGUUUUCCUGAUUCUUUAGCAUUUCUUUUACACGUGAUUGGACAACAUAUUGUAAAUCUUUUACAUAAUUUACCAUAUAGUAGAUCAUUAGAAAACGAAGCUGAUGAGGUGGGAUUAAAAUUAGCUGCAAAAGCCUGUGUAGAUGUACGUGAAGCAGUUGUGUUUUGGGGUACGAUGAGAGUGCUUUCAGAAAUGAAAUUAGCAUCCAAAAUUGUACCUUGGCUAUCAACACAUCCUGCUCAUGGAGACAGAGAGAAAAGUUUAAAUAAAAAAAUAACAAAGGCAAUAGAAUUAAUGAAAUCAUCUGGUUGUCCAGAAUUAAAUCCAAUUGAUCCAAGAAAUACAUUUUACAAACGCACUUUGAAAGACCACGAAUUUUAUUUUAAACAAAAAGGAAUAAUAAUAACAUAAUGUACACAAGAUGUAAACGCUACAGAAGUUUAUAGUAUAUAAUAUGUUUGUAAGAAACAUGUGUAUUAUAACUUAUAACUAACACAUUAUUUUUAUAAAAUAGUUUUAUUCAGAAUA